UGUAUGCUCUGAAGUUAUCCCUAAUGUUGUAGUCGCACUUAAACAGAGAAUGGAAACGCACAACAACGUCGCUGAAACCAGCCACACACCAUCCGAUCUUUCCUGAUGCGUGACUGCAUUCCCUUCUCCCCUCUGCCCUUCUCCAUCUCCAAAGUUCGAAACUUUGGGUUAAAUGCGUCUUCUUCUGGGCGAGCGUCUCCACUUCCCCCCCCUUCCAAUGCCCAGUUCAACUCAAUACUCACAAGGGCCAGAACGCGCCGUAGGGAAUGGGAUUCCCAAGACGGCGACUUCUAUGACGAAUUAGGGUUUAAGCAGAAGGGGAAGCAAGGAUUGGAGUUUCAGUCCAUACUUGACCAAGAUUCGACGGGACAAGGCGAUGAAGCAAAUUUGGAGUUAGUUGAACUCAAGAGCGAGGGAGGAAGGAGCCAGCAGAAUUGGGAAGAAGGCGAAGAAAUUAUUGGAGCUGGGGAUGAUGGAAGCGAGACUGAGAGGCGGAUGAUUGGUGGAAGAGUGAAAUUGGGACAACGACGGCACGUGUUAAAGAGAUCGAGUGUGCUGGCCAAGCAAGUGAUCAGCAUCACUGCUGCUCUUAGCUUAGGGUUCAUAUCCCAGCUCUGGGUGGACACUACCAACGCAAGUCUCCAAUUCUGAUAUCUCUUAAUUCCCGUUAUGUUCGGUUAGCUUGUUAAUAUCCUGCAAAUUUGUGCAGUGGGUGGUCGUGGUUGUGGAAGUCCGACCAAAUUUGCUCUCUGGAGAAUCAGAAAGGUUUCUUCUCCAAGACAUUUGCCAGGUUGGUGAUGUUGUGCUGGUGGAGGACGUAAAUAUAUUGGAGAACGAGUUCACUAUACUUGGCCUUGAAACCUUGGUCGGAUAUCAAGUUGUGACACCUAGUCAGCGAAACAUCGGGAAGGUACGGGGAUUCUCUUUCAACAUCAAUUCUGGCACCGUGGAGUCACUCGAGCUCGAUUCAUUUGGGAUCUCCAUCAUUCCGUCUAGUUUGGUGAGUACAUAUACUUUGCUUGCCGAGGAUGUAGUUUAAGUAUUCCCCGACACAAUUAUUGUCGACGAAGCUGCAGCAUCCCGAAUUCAAAGGCUAACAAAGGUGAUCAUCUCUCGCUGUUGGUUAGUUGUUCUUGGUUACAUCUAAAUGUUGUGUCUGCAAACCUCGGGCAGGGAUUGUGGGACGCUCGGCCUGUGGAUGAUUAUGCAGAGGAAGUGGGAGAAUUUCCGGAUGAUGAAAAUGGUUUGAAAAUCCCUGCUGGCAGUGGGAGGAGGGCAAGGGCAAGGAAAAGAUCAAAGAGCAAGAGAUUCCAACAGGAGAUGAGAGAGGACGACUGGGAGCUGCCGAUGGACUAUCUAUGACUAUGAACAUUGUUUGGCUUUGUAUCAGGUUGAGAAUCUUGUAAGCAUUGUCUGUUGCUGCAGAUAUUGUUCCAUACGCCUGAGGAACCCUAGCUAAUUUGCACAUAAGAUCAAAAUUCAGUUGCAAUCAAGAGAAUUAGCGGGAAAGAAGAAAAAAAAGGCCCGAAAGAACACUACUUGAUGCUAUCGCCAUGGUUCCGACGGCUAGGUCAACCUUAUGUACUAUUUUCUUGAGCAAAUAAAUAAAUAAACUUUGUUUUGUUUUGUACUAUGAGCCCUUACGUCACUGUUUGAUUAAUUUCCCUUCCCCUUGUGGUAUAUAAAGUAUGAAAUAAAGUAAGUGUAGCCGUUAGCGCCUGUUCCCAUUCGAAUUCAAACUUCUCCCAGCCCCCAUUAUUUUCCCUCCUUCCCAAUCCCAUUUGCUUUCCACAUUUCCAUUCUCCGGUAUCACCCAAGUCCAGAGAAAAAUGCAAUUCCUCCAGUCUCCAGUCACCGGAGACCAGAAGUCAAGGCUAAACAGUGGCCGGAAGCCUCUGCAACCCAAGAACUCGGAGCCGGUCCAGAUCUCCACUAAGCCACUCCCAUUGUUGCCAGAUUUGAGGAAGGUCAACUUCGGUGUUUCUAGCGGCGGGGGUAAGGAGAACCAGAAUCUGGGUCUGGUUUAUGACACCCCUCCAGCGAGUAAAAAGCUCAUCCAGCAGCCAUCCAUCCCGCCCAUCGACUCAUCCCUGGCGGAGGAGCUGAGCGUGAUGCGGAAGAGAAUGGAGCGGCUGAGGUCGGACAGAGAGAAGACGGAGAAGAUGCUCAAGGAGAGAGAUAGGGUGCUGGAUUUGCAGAUGAAGGAAAUGGAAGCGAGGGCAGAAGCGCAGAUGACGAUGGAGAUGGAGGUGGAUCGACUCUUUCGAUUGAAGGAGCUUCACACUUACUCCAUGACGAUUUCGCCGCUUCGGUCGCUUAGAGACAAGGAGCAAGAGAGGAAGCUAAGUCGAAGAUAUGACGAAAAGAAGAUGGUGGAAGAGGAACAAGGAAGCAGCGGAUUGCAGCAGCGUGGGAAUGACAGUCCAUGCUGCUCCAGCACAAGCUCCAAUUCCAUUUCAACCCCAACCCAACAACAACUGGUUGCUGCUGUCUAAUUAAUUAGUGUAACUAUUCCUCAAUGUUAUUCCAUUCGAUCAAGCCGCGCUUCUUGCGCACUGGGUUUAUUGGCCUGUGUCUUCGUCUCAAUGUUGAAUUUGGAGUGUUCAAGCUCGAAUCUUUAAUUGCCUAGAAUUUCAAAUUUGAAAGAAACACGUUCUCUCAUAAAUGCGAGUUUUAAAUUCAUCCUUGCUGAUAAUUAUUGUGC